AUGAAAGCUUUACUUCAGGACUAUGAGGAGAACAGGUACUGCAUUUUCCAAGUGGGCACUCUUCAUUUUAUUCUCCUACUACAGUUCGACCAGUCUCCUCGUGGAUCCCGAUUGGAGCUCAUUGCUCAGCUUCUAGCUAUCGUACUUUCAUCUCAGUUUUCUUCCGAUAUUAGUCAAAAAAAGGAAAACCCAAACUUCCUCACUUCACAACGAUCUUGAUCAGGUUUCUUUUUUUUUGCAUAAUUUUUCAUCCGUACAAACUCAGAAAACUCAGCGUCUUUGUUCUAAUAUCUUUAGAACUAGAACUUCACUCUUUGCAAGCUCAUUAAUUAUAAAUUCCGUUUGCAGUAACGUAUCACGAGCAUCAUUAAAGCUCCUUCGGUAACCUGAAAGGAUAAUCUCUUCUGUCUAUUCUCCUCCCACAGCUCGAACCGCCAACCAGUCUCACGGUGGUCUCCAAAUGAGGUUUUUCGUUCUCCGUUUGGCUACCGUAUUUGCGUUCCCGCUGACUGCCGCAAAUCAGCAAACCGACGAUCUAUGGAUUCCCAAAUUAUUUAACUUCACAGUAGUUCGGGUCAUUUUUUUUUUCUUGUAUUCUUAUAGCGUUUAGUUGAUGGAAUCAAAAAUGAAAAAAAGUUGGUGAUUCAGGAUGUUGACGCAUUCAUGGUCGACGGCACCGUGAGCUUUUUGAGAGAUGUUAAGCUAUCGUACGGCAUUUUCGUGACAGUCAUAAUAGCAUUGUUCACAUUUACCCUCUCUUUGGGCGCUUUUUAUGGAGCUUUGAAAAUAACACUAGCUGCCUGCAAAUCCUUAGGAUCCCACUAUCCACAACUUUGGCCCAGUGCUUUGUGGGUUUUCCUAUCCUUCUGUCUCUUGGUGAGUUCCAAUGGAAAUUAUGAAAAGCAGUCCUUUUUCAGUACUUCGUCCUUUUUUCAUCCGCUUUCAUCUUAUUGUUCGCCCUCCAUGAGACAAACGGUUGGGGAGUUUUUAUUUUGAAAGUUCAACUCCAUCAAAUUUUUUUUUCAGCGGAUGUGAAGAUUUUCGUUCGACACAUCUUUGUGUGGUUUUUCGAAUACAUCGUCAUUGGAAUAACCCUCAGCGUUGUCUACAAAAGAGCUCAAGUACCAGAAUCUGAUAAUUCAGUCAUUCCAUUUUGAGGCGGAAAAAAUUCUUGAUGAUUCCUUUUUCUAAUGUUUUCGUCCCUUACAACUAUGCAGUAGCAAAUUUUUUUAUUGAUUUUUUUGAAUCAUCAAAUUUUUAAACAAUGUUUUUUUCCGUUCAUUUAUUUGUAAAAAAAUUUUUUUCAUGAUAUUCAUGUUUCGAUAAAGCUUGAGCACAAAAAUUGUUUUUGAACACAAAUCAUUUGAAGAGCAAAAGGCAAACAUGAAACUUCUUUCGAAGACACGCCUCCACUGAAGGUACGCCUAUUCUCGAAAAAAAAACCACUCUGAACAUCUUUCUAACAACCAUCAACUUUUUUGCUAUUUUCAGGUAUCCGACCAUGUCCCAUACCCGAUAUGACUUUAGUUCGGAGUACGAAGCGAGGGUUGAUUCAAGAUUCAUAGUGCAUCUUAUAAAACUCCUUCAAAUCUCAACGUUGGCGUCAACUGGAGGCAAAAUCUUCUUUCCCAUCGCUCGCCGUAUGAAAAAAGAUCAAAAUGCCACUUCUUUCGAAUUCGCAAUCUUCGUGAUCGUCCAUACUUUGGAGGUAAUAGAAGCAAAAGUAAAAAUGUUGGAGCUUUUUUUUCAGGCAACAUUCAUCCAUGCGUCUUCUUGUGAAAUCUGGAGCCUGAUGAUAGAACUGGAAGAUGACUAUUUCAGUGAGUUUUAAAAAGAUAUCAUCAAAAAGGCUGUAAUUUCCAGUUUCGGAAGGCUUCUACUCGACUCUGCUGGAUUUUAUCUCUUUUUUGCUCCUCAUCGCCUUCCACGACUACCUUCGAGCAGCCUAUGAAAAACUUUUCUGA